AUGACAACAUAUUUCAAGUUGGUAAAAGGUGCUACCAAGAUCAAGUCAGCCCCGCCCAAACAGAAGUAUCUGGAUCCGAUACUGUUGGGGACCAGCAAUGAAGAGGAUUUCUAUGAGAUCGUGAAGGGUUUGGAUUCCCGAAUUAAUGACACGGCGUGGACUAUUGUGUAUAAAUCGCUGUUGGUGGUUCAUUUGAUGAUAAGGGAGGGUUCCAAAGAUGUUGCAUUGCGGUACUACUCUAGGAACCUGGAGUUUUUUGACAUUGAAAACAUACGUGGCUCCAAUGGCAGUGCGUCUGGAGACAUGAGGGCACUUGAUAGAUACGAUAAUUAUCUGAAGGUGAGAUGCAGGGAGUUUGGUAAAAUCAAAAAGGACUAUGUGAGAGACGGCUAUCGAACACUGAAGCUGAACAGUGGCAAUUACGGAAGCUCCAGAAACAAGCAACACUCUAUCAAUAUAGCACUAGAUCAUGUGGAGUCCCUAGAGGUACAAAUACAAGCCCUGAUUAAAAACAAGUAUACACAAUAUGAUUUGAGUAACGAAUUGAUCAUAUUUGGUUUCAAGCUGCUUAUUCAAGACCUGCUAGCGCUAUAUAAUGCUCUCAACGAAGGUAUCAUAACUCUGCUGGAGUCUUUUUUCGAACUAUCUCAUCAUAAUGCAGAGAGAACUCUAGACCUGUACAAGACGUUUGUUGAUUUGACCGAGCACGUUGUCAGGUACUUGAAGAGCGGGAAGACUGCGGGCUUGAAAAUACCCGUCAUCAAGCAUAUCACUACCAAACUGGUCAGAUCGCUAGAAGAACAUCUGAUAGAGGAUGAUAAGACGCACAACACUUUUGUGCCCGUUGACAGUUCUCAAGGAAGUGCUGGGGCCGUAGUAGCCAAAUCUACUGCACAGGAAAGGUUGGAGCAAAUCCGGGAACAAAAAAGGAUACUAGAGGCACAAUUGAAAAACGAACAAGUAGCGAUUUCCCCUGCUCUAACUACUGUCACGGCGGCUCAAUCUUACAACCCGUUUGGAACAGACUCUUCUAUGCAUACUAACAUUCCAAUGGCUGUGGCUAAUCAAACGCAACAGAUCGCAAAUAACCCAUUUGUAUCUCAAACUCAGCCACAGGUGAUGAAUACACCAACCGCUCAUACAGAGCCCGCAAAUUUAAACGUUCCUGAAUAUGCAGCGGUCCAACACACAGUGAACUUCAACCCUGUACAAGAUGCUGGCGUAAGUGCCCAACAAACGGGGUACUAUUCGAUUAACAACCAUUUAACACCCACAUUUACAGGUGCAGGGUUUGGAGGAUACUCCGUUUCACAGGAUACAACUGCCGCUUCUAAUCAACAAGUCUCUCAUUCACAAACUGGUUCUAACAACCCGUUCGCAUUGCACAACGCCGCGACGAUCGCAACAGGGAAUCCUGCACACGAAAAUGUCUUAAAUAACCCAUUUUCACGACCAAACUUUGAUGAACAAAAUACCAAUAUGCCGCUACAACAACAGAUAAUAAGUAACCCUUUUCAAAACCAAACGUACAAUCAACAACAAUUUCAACAACAAAAAAUGCCUUUGAGCUCGAUCAAUAGCGUUAUGACAACCCCUACUAGCAUGCAGGGAUCGAUGAAUAUUCCUCAGCGUUUUGAUAAAAUGGAAUUUCAGGCUCACUACACUCAGAAUCAUCUCCAACAACAGCAACAACAGCAACAGCAACAACAGCAACAGCAACAACAGCAACCACAACAGGGUUAUUAUGUGCCUGCAACUGCAGGAGCCAACCCUGUUACAAAUAUAACUGGGACAGUUCAACCUCAAAAUUUCCCUUUCUAUCCACAACAGCAACCACAACCGGAACAGUCUCAAACACAGCAACCAGUUUUAGGAAACCAAUAUGCUAACAACCUCAAUUUAAUUGAUAUGUAA